AGUGUACGUGGACGCCGUGCUUAAUCACAUGACUGGUCAUUUUCAAUUAAAAAAAGGCACAGCGGGCAGCAGCUUCAAGUACGAUGAAUACAGCUACCCUGCCGUACCGUAUGGCCCCGAUGACUUCCACACAAAAAGGCAUUGUGGCAGCAAGUCCGGUGGUAUCGAUAAUUACGGAGACGUAAAUCAGGUGCGCGACUGUGAAUAUUUUGGACUUCGUGACCUGAAACACACAAGGCAGCAUGUUAGAGCCAAGAUCUCCGAGUUCCUGAAUGAAGUCAUUAGUUGUGGAGUAGCCGGAUUUCGUGUCGAUGCCGCCAAACACAUGUGGCCUGCUGACCUGAAAGUUAUCUACGCGAAACUAAACAACCACGGCUUCCGCUU